AUGCCAAUUGCUCGUGGUCGUGCUUUCCACAAGUUGGUCAAGAACAACGCGUACUUUAGUCGCUACCAGACCAAGUACAAGCGGAGACAGUCCGGCAAGACGGAUUACUACGCCCGCAAGCGCCUCAUCACCCAGGCCAAGAACAAGUACAAUGCGCCCAAGUACCGCCUCAUCGUCCGCUUCACCAACAAGGACAUUGUCAUGCAGAUCGUGUCGUCGGAGAUCACGGGCGACAAGGUCAUGGUGGCGGCCUACGCUCACGAGCUGAAGGCGUACGGCAUCAAGCACGGCCUGACCAACUGGGCCUCGGCCUACGCCACCGGUCUCCUGAUUGCCCGCCGUGCCCUGAGCAAGCUCGGCAUGGACAAGGACUUUGUCGGCGUCGAGGAGGCCGACGGUGAGUUCACCCUCACCGAGGCGGCCGAGACGGCCGAUGGCGAGCGCCGACCGUUCAAGGUGUUCCUCGACGUCGGUCUGGCCCGCACCUCGACGGGUGCCCGUGUCUUUGGCGCCAUGAAGGGUGCCUCGGACGGCGGCAUCUUCAUUCCCCACUCGGAGAAGCGAUUCCCCGGAUACGACAUGGAGUCCAAGGAGCUCGACGCCGAGACUCUCCGCAAGUACAUCUACGGCGGCCACGUCGCCGAGUACAUGGAGACGCUGGCCGACGACGACGAGGAGCGCUACGCGAGCCAGUUCCAGAAGUACAUUGACGACGACGUCGAGGCCGACGGCAUCGAGGACCUCUACACGGAGGCCCACGCCGCCAUCCGCGCCGACCCUUGGAAGAAGGUGGAGAGCAAGAACAAGAAGACCAAGGAGGAGUGGAAGGCCAUCUCGAAGAAGCACAUGGCCACCAAGCUCACCAAGGCCCAGAAGGACAAGCGUGUGCAGGAGAAGAUUCAGAAGAUCCUGGCGGAGGAGUAA